AUGAACCCAAUUCCUGGAACAAGACCGGGAGCGAUUCCAGGUGUGCUGCCCGUGACGCCCAGCAACAAGCGCAGCCUCGCCCACAAUGCCGUGGAGAAAGUUAUCCUCAGACUGAACAACGUCUAUGGCCUGGGCGUCACGAUUCCCAACCCAACUCUCAGCCCAUCCAAGCGAAAGCAGCUCAGCGCCAAAGACGAGCAGUUUGCGAGGUGUGACAAGAUCUGCCGCGGCAUCCAGUUUCUCUUUUACCAGCGCGGCGAAACCCUAGAGCAGGCCCUCGAGUCAUUCGACCAGGCGGCCAAAGCCGCAAGCCUGCGCUGGGUGCCCAAAUCUCGCGCCGACCCCACCACUCUUCCGUCGGUAUCGGCCCCUCCGAAGGCGCAAACCCCGGCCCAGCGGUUGAACUUGCAGUCCGUCUUGAUCAAGGUUAUCGAGAAUGUCACGGCUCAGAAGAAGCCGCCCUUGUUGCUUCCGAAGCCCGGUGGCCGAACCAACAAUGAUGGCCCUGCACCAUUUCCCACUUUGAGCGAUGAGAGCGACACCGGUUCGUCCAGGUCGCUCCCAGAAUCACCGGCAUCGCUUGGAUCGAAGCGAUCGUUCGAUAGAGACGACGAUCACGUUGGCAAGCGUUCGAGGGGACUCUCGCCCUGUCCUUCGCCGACAUCAUCCGCCUUCACCGAUGCCCUCGACAAGGUGCCAGCACGGCGACGGCUGGGCCAUCCGCCCGAGAAUUGGUCACCAGAGCGAUGCCGGCCGGCUCCCCAACGGAGGAACUCCAGUGACAGCACUCCCACCAGCAGCAGGGUCUCGAGCCUCUUCAGCAAUGGUGAACAGCAGUCGACUCAGCAGUCGACCCAGACAACGCUGGACGGUGACCUGCGGGAAGAGAACGCCUCUCUCGACUUUGCAAUUCCAGCACGCCCUGCAUCCCAGCAGUUUAAAAUUCCCGAUCGGACGUCUGCGGCCGUGAAUAGGCCGCCUAUUGAAGCGCCCGUAACCGGAACUUCUCACCAACCGCCACCUCAGUCUUCCGGUGUCUUCUCGGACAUUGACUUUCCUGACUCUAACCCGCUCGUGCUAGAUGACACCACAAUUCUGGCCCGCAGGACAGGAUUUGACAGCGUUCUGAGCAACGGCAGGCUUAGCCCCCUCGAGUCGAGGCUGCAAAACAUCUGGCCCACAUUCCCCCGCUGGCUGCAUGGUGCGCCCCUCGCUGUCGCCUGGGAAAUCACCCGCAUCUGUUUGCACUGCAAGGUCGACCUUAAUAACGACGCGCUCAAAUACGACCCAACAUGGGCAACCUCGGACAUGUUUGCGAUCUGGAGGGACCUCAGCCAGCUAGACGUCUUCCGGGGCAAGUCUUUCCCUGAGCGCCCAUCAGCCGAAGCGUUCUCCGUCGCCUUGAACUCUUGGGAGGGCCGCGGGAAUAUUGUGGUAAUGUCGGCCGCUUUGGAAUUCAAUCCCGACAAGACUGGUCCCCUGUUCUUGCUGGACAUGAAGCCGCUGAGGUUCGACGAAAGCUGCAGACUGACAAGGCGCUUCGGUCCAGACCGGUUCCUAGAGAUCCUCAUCCCAUCUCCAGCUGCGAUGAACACGCCUAGCCACCUCCAGGCCGCCCUGAAGGACGGGGGCGCAGACCAAGUCAUUCAGUGGCUGACCAAGAACCAGCAUUGCCUGGCUGGGCGACGGUGGCAGGCCUUCUACUCAAAAGACGCAGGAUACAGAAAGCCAGCAAAGGACCUUAGGCUUGGCCCAGAGGCGAAAGCCACGUUCAAAGAGAGAGUGCAUUUCUUUGCCGAGGACGGUCUGAACUUCCGCCAGGCCGAGAUCCGCUCAAGGCUCGACAUCCCGCAUGACACAGUGCAGCAACGGACACGAAUCCCAGUCAGCCUGAUGAUGGACUGGCUUCUCCAGUUGGAGCGCAACGAGGCUCAGCCGCACCUGAAGCUGUUCUCACGUAUCCAGCUGGGUUUGAGCAAGACCUUUCCGGCGCUGACGUUUGAGCCUGACCAGAUCCGCCACCAUGCGGAGGACGUCCUGUCGCCCAUCGGAAAGGUCAUGAACGACGGCAUCGGCCGCAUGUCCCGCAGCGUGGCAAGGAAGAUUCGGGAUGCCCUCGGACUGAGCGACAUACCCUCUGCCGUCCAGGGGCGCAUGGGUUCGGCAAAAGGGAUGUGGUUGAUGGAUGUGGCCGACACGGGCGACGCCGACUGGAUCGAGACAUACCCGUCUCAGCGCAAAUGGGACUGCGAUUAUGCUGACCGAUACCACAGGACGCUCGAGGUUCGGAGCGUGGCCUCUGAGUUGAAGCCGGCAGGCCUCAAUCUGCAGUUUCUGCCUGUACUGGAGGACCGAGCCAAAGACAAAAGGCAAAUGAGGCUCGUCAUAGGCAAUCGUCUCACAAACGACUUGGAAAAGCAAUUUCAGAAUCAAAAGACAGCCUUACAGCGCCCGCUCCAGUUUCGGCAAUGGGUCAGCGAGAACUCCAAUAAUCGCUCCGAGCGAGUCCGGCACGGACAAGUGCUGUUCCUGGCUGGCCUCCCGGAGAGCAAGUCGGAAAUCCUCAGUUUCCUUUUGAAUAGCGGCUUCGACCCAAAGGCCCAGAAGUACUUGCAAGACCUGGCCUGGGACCUCCAGAAGCAAAAGUGCGACAUCCUGAGAACCAAGCUGAAUAUCCGCGUCGGCCGGUCUGCGUACAUCUACAUGGUUGUCGACUUCUGGGGCGUCCUGAAGGAGAACGAGGUGCAUGUCGGGUUUUCGUCCAAAUUCCGCGACGAAGUGGACGACAUCUCGUACACUCUCUUGGCGGACUGCGACGUCCUUGUCGCCCGGUCGCCCGCCCACUUUGUGAGCGACGUACAGAAGGUCCGGGCCGUGUUCAAGCCCGAGCUGCACGCCCUCAAAGACGUCAUUGUGUUUCCCCGCAAAGGCAACAUCCCGCUCGCUGACAAGCUUUCAGGGGGUGACUACGACGGAGACAUGGCCUGGGUGUGCUGGGAUCCGGAUAUCGUUGAGAACUUUGUCAAUGCCGACGUGCCUGAGCAGCCGGACCUCUCUGCGUACCUGGGCCAGGACAAAACCUCCUUCAGGGAGCUUGUCUGCCACACCGGCUUGUCGGGCCCUGCGGCUCGCUACGAAGCCGUCUACGACAUGAUCAACAAGAGCUUCCUCUUCGCGAUGCAGCCCAACUACCUGGGCAUCUGCACCAAUUACAAGGAAAAGGCCUGCUAUCACAGCAAAAGCGUCAGCGACAAGGUCGCCGUUCUUCUUAGCACUCUCGUAGGCAAACUGGUGGAUCAGAGCAAGCAGGGCAUCAUCUUCGACAACGACAGCUGGAGCCGGCUCCGCAGGGACCAUUUCAACGGCAGAAUGGCCUUCGAUGACCCGGCAUACAAAGGCGACAUCUGGGUCGGUACCGGCGAGCCACGCCACGUCAUCGACUACCUCAAGUUUUCCAUUGCCAAGCCCGCCAUCGACCGCGAGCUGGCCUCCUUCCACAAGGUCAUGGCAGCCGAGAAGGGGUCCACGGCCGAAAGCUCCGAGAACGCGGCUCAGUUCUGGGACCGCGACCUGGUCGUCUACUACGAGGACUUCAACUCCAUCGCGGAAAAGUCCGCCUCGAGCAAGCGCUUCCUGGAAUCCCUCCGCAACUCCCUCGGCGCCGUCAAGCAGGAAUGGACGCGCGCCAUGCAGGCCCGCGACGGCGCCUACCCGGACAAGGUGAAACAGAUCUACGAGAAGUGGCUCGCCAUCGACGCUCAGUCUGUCAGCCGCACGGGCUCCAACACGCUCGAUUCUAGGAUGCUCGUGCUGCUGGAGCCGCCGGCCCUUGCCGGGCGCGGGGCGGGCGCGACGACCUACUUUUCGCUGCUCAAGGCCAGCCUCGCGUUCAAGCUGUAUCACCAUUCGAGCCCCAAAUUUGUCUGGCAGAUGGCUGGCUACCAGCUUGCGUUCAUCAAGGCGCAGGUGACCUCGGGGGUGGGAGGGAUGCCGCUGCUCCUGGUGCCGCUCAUGUAUGCGGGCCUGGGACCCGAUGGGCGGUUCGUGAAGCAGUUCGUUGCCAGACUCGAAGGGGAUGGGUCUGAGUACCCUGACCUUGAUGGCUUGGAGGACGGGGACGGUGGGGCGGAGAGGGGAGAUGACAUUGAUUGA